AUGGCGCAAAAAAGCUUAUCAAAUCUACUGAAGGCCGCUUCUCUAGAUCUAACCUCUUAUGAGGAUCUCUACAAGCAUUUCCAUGCCCAUCCCGAACUUUCGUUGCAAGAAAAAGUCACCUCCGAAACAGUUGCGGCCCAUCUGUCCCAGCUGAAGGCUUAUGAGAUCCACACCAAUAUUGGAGGCUACGGUCUCGCUGGCGUGCUUAAGAAUGGCCCUGGAAAGACAAUCCUUCUGCGGGCCGACAUGGACGCACUUCCAGUCAAGGAACUGACAGGCCUGUCCUACGCGAGCUCAGUUACUAUGCGUGAUAGCGACGGAAUUGAGAAACCAGUCAUGCAUGCCUGUGGACACGAUAUGCACAUGACUUGUCUCCUUGCGGCGGCUGCGUUGCUUGCGAACGUUAAGCAUGAGUGGAGCGGAACUUUGAUUGUGCUGUUUCAGCCAAAUGAAGAACGGGGUGGAGGCGCCCAGGCAAUGGUCGAUGAUGGACUUUAUUCAAAGAUUCCUAUUCCUGACUAUGUAUUUGGUCAGCAUGUGAUGCGAAUGCGUGCUGGAAGUGUUGGGUCACGGCCUGGCACAAUCAUGGCUGCUGCCGACAGCUGUAAGAUCACUCUGUUUGGCCGUGGUGGUCAUGGUUCAACGCCACAUCAAACGGUAGACCCGGUGCUUCUUGCUGCGCACGUUGUCCUUCGACUGCAGAACAUAGUGAGUAGAGAGGUUGACCCGAGUGAUCUCGCUGUCGUGACAGUGGGGAGCCUGCAGGCAGGUCAGACAGAGAACAUUAUUGCAGACAGAGCCGAGAUUGGCGUUGACUUCAGGACUAUCAAGCUGGAGACCCGUCAGAAAAUAAUCUCUGCCAUCCAACGCAUUGUUGAGGCUGAGUGCAUGGCUAGUGGCUCACCAAAGCCUCCAGUUAUCACACCAACAAGGCGGUUUCCGCCUACGACAAAUGAUAAAUACGCGGCGACUCAACUGGCUGCCUCUUUUGCAGACCAUUUCGAGGGCUUUGAUGGUGAUAUUCCAAGGACUAGUGUUAGCGAGGAUUUCUCCACAUUGGGUACUUCGCAGGGCGUUCCAUGCUCUUUUUGGCUCAUUGGGGGCAUUGACCCGGAAGUAUGGGAUAAAGCACAGGGGAAUGAAGCACUAGUGCAAGAAAUCCCGGGGAAUCACUCAGCUCUUUUUGCCCCUGUGAUCCAGCCAACUAUGAAGGCUGGCGUGGAUGCAUUGUGCCUUGCAGCUUUGACAUUCUUGAGAGAAUAA